AGUUUGGAGAGGGGGGAGAAGUAGCAGGGCUGGGACUUCCUUCCUUCUCUCCCGGGUCCCUUCCCCUCUCUCCUUCCAUUUAGCUGUAAAGUUCAGUUAAGUGUCGUCAGCUGAGAAGAGUUUCUAUAGAAUUAGAGGGUGCCCCACCCCGUGUCUUCCUGUCCCCUUCCCUCAACCCGGAAACUGAAUGGGCUGGGACAAAGAGAGUUAAAAGCUGUGUCAGCUGGCAGCAUGAGACAGACAGACAGGAGGAGGGGGACAGGUGGGGCAGCAUGAGAGGUGGCUGAGAAGCCAGGUGGACGGUGGGGCAGCUGACUGGCAGGGUGGCUGGCCGGUGAAAAGGACAGGCAGGUAGGUGGACAGAGGCAGACUGUCAUAGGUUGAAGCUGCGACAGCCACCUGGAGGACGGGACAGCAGAGAGACAAGAACUGGGAGGUGGCCCACUAUGGGGCCCAGGAUCUUUUUGCUCCUGUGUGUUAUUGGACUCAGCCACGAGACUGACGUGAAGAUUUUAAGCGGCAGGGAGUGUGUCCCUCACUCACAGCCUUGGCAGGUCGGGCUGUUUGUGGGCACCAACCUGCGCUGUGGGGGGGUCCUCAUCGACCGCAGGUGGGUCCUCACAGCUGCUCACUGCAGCAACAGCAGGUACUGGGUGCGCCUGGGGGAACACAGGCUCAGCCGACUGGACUGGACGGAACAGAUUCGGCGCAGCGGCUUCUCCGUGACCCACCCCGGCUACCAGGGAGCCCGGCAGAGCCAUGACAAUGACCUCCGGCUUCUGCGACUGGGCAGCCCCGUUUUCUUGACCCAGAGUGUCCAACCCCUGCGCCUGCCCACCACCUGUGCAGCACCCGGCACUGAGUGCCUUGUCUCAGGCUGGGGCCUCACCAAUCAAUCAUGGAGCCCAUUCCCGGAUCAGCUCCAAUGCCUCAAUGUCUCCAUCGUCUCCAAUGCCAAGUGCAGGGCCGUGUUCCCCGGGAGAAUCACGGAGAACAUGGUGUGUGCGGGCGGCGUAGCAGGGGAGGAUGCCUGCCAGGGUGACUCUGGGGGCCCUCUGGUGUGUGGAGGAGUCCUUCAGGGUCUGGUGUCCUGGGGGGCCACGGAGCCUUGUGGGCAAAAAGGCAUCCCGGGAGUCUACACCAAUAUUUGCAAAUAUGUGGACUGGAUCCAGAAGAUCAUAAGGAACAACUGACCUUCUCCCUCCACCUCCAUCCCUCAGCUUGGGGGCCACUCUGACCCUCAGAGCACCGACAUCUCCUCCAUCAUCACCCCCAGCUCCCAAACUUCUUGGUCUGGGUAUCUUCCUGGAACUUCAACUCCAGCCAGCCCUUCUAAGACCCAUGAUUGGGGGAGGAGGGAGUGUGUGACUAUCUGGAAUAAAUAUAAUAUAACUGGAGGAGGGGAUAUGUCUGUCUAUUUGAUGUCCCCAGGCUGGUUGAGACUGGAGUUUCAUUUCCCCUACCUAACAGGCGUAGAAAUACAGAUCAGAGAGGGAGAGAAUUUUCCCUCAGGGGUCACACAGGAGUGGAGUAGAAAAAGUUACUUAUAACAAUAAAGAUAAGGGCCAUUUUUCUCCAUGCGGCACAAUAGGAACAGUGCCCAGAGCUUAUAAGCUUUUCGAGGGCCCAUGAAGGAUAUAAAGGGGAGAAAAAAUGAUUGGCUCCAAAAUACCAAAUGAAA